AUGGCGUCGUCAUCGAAUCCCUUCCGCAAGCCUGCGACGCAGCAUGCAGAGAGUCGCUAUCCGGCAAUCGAUUCUAUAAGCUCCGUCCAGCUGUUUCCGCCUCCCAAGACGAGCUUCCGCGACGAAAAUGUGCCUCCUGCGGCCGCGCAAUCACCCUCCCAGAAAGCCAAGGUGGUGAAAAAGGUCCGCGUGCUGUCACCGCCUCCGCGGUCGCCCGACUCGCCAGAGUUGACGGCCAGCUACUUCAACCCUGCCGUACAAGCACAAUCAUAUGCACAAGAUCAAGAUCCCUUCAGCAACGCUGUGGUCGACGAGAACAGCUGGGAGGAUGCAUCCGCUACCCCACCCCCUCAGCCGGCUCUUCCGCAGGCACGGCAACCGCUGAUGGAGACGCAGACGCAGAGGCCGGUGCAGACCGUGGUCAAUCCCUUCAGCAAGAAGAAGGCGCAAGACGCUGGCAAUUCUAAGGACCUGAAGGAAGAUCUGCGGGAGGAGGGCGAGGCGCUGAGGGCGGCCCAGUCUGCAAGGCGGUCCUUGAACGUCGAUUCAUUCAAGCGAUUGCUUAUGACGGGCGAUGCGAGCCCGCUCAACUCCACAUCUCCAACGGACUCUCCAUCCGACCACGAUCGGAUCGAUCGUCCAAAGCCUACACAGGAUGCUCCAGCUGCAGCACGAACCAACAAGGAGAAGAAAGCUCCUCCACCGCCUCCAAGCUCCAGACACGGAAAGGUGAUCAAGUCCGAGCAGAAUGUCACCAGCUCUGAGAGUACUAUCAGCAGCCCCGUAGAAAAGCUAGCUGAGCCGGUUGCGCAACACAAGGAACCGUCUCGGCCUGUGCUGUCUCGAGAGAGCUCGGCAAGCAGCAACUCUUCGAUAGAGGAUCUACCUGUGAAAUUUGAUAGUCACCCUGCCGAGUUUACAUCCAGCCCCGAUCAAAUGGAUGCUUCUACAACCCCUCCAAACACUGCCAAAAAGGCUGUACCGGUCCCUCCACCCAGACGACAGCCUCGGAUCGAGGUGAAAACAAACGCCCUGGAUUCUCAAGAGAAUGAACCGCCUCCACGCACGUCGAUGGACUCGGUUCUGUCCAGGUCCGGCAGUGUCCGCCAGAGCACCAAUGCGCCAGCGCCUCCGCCACCCCGGAGAACAACUUCGAGCUCGAGGCCUCCAAGCUAUGCAGGCACACCGCAAUCUUCUACACACAUAUAUGCCCCCGAAUUUGAUCCACCAAGAACCUCCCUCGACUCAGCAAGGCCCAUGGCGCCUCCACCACCACCCACGCGCAAUCCAUCUACUCGCCGCCCUCAGAGUUUAUACGGCCUAGAGUCCUCUCAACGGAGAGCCAUGACCGAAAUUAAACCACGAGAUACCGUGGCCCCUCCACCGCCCCCUUCAAGGAGUCAAAGCAGCACAGGUGGGCGGUCUGGACGAACAAGCCUAGAUUCGGCCAGAAAACCAAGAACAUCUGCAGAUGAUUUUAGCGACCUCAAUGAGCAAUACCUGGGCCAAAGCGUGGACAUACUCGCUGACCUUGAAUCGCUACAAAGAGAGGUGGAUGCUUUGAGAGGGAAGAUAAAUUGA